UUUGGUGCAGGUGGAUUGAACAGGUGAAGUCAUCAGCAUGACUGAUCUCCACUGAUGAUGAGCUCCAGCUGAUCCCAGCUUCUGCUUCUCCGCCCUAAACUCCACCAAACGUUUGGCUCUGACGGCUGUCCUUCAGUCCUGUCCAGACUGUCAGACUCCGGGUUCAGCUUGGUUAUGAAAGACUCACUCAUAUGAGAAAUGUGGGAAGACAGACAUUCACGUCAGGCCUGAAGUAAAACUAAGCCACAACAUUUUGGUAAACCUGUGACUUCUACAUCUUAGGGCAUAAAGAAGAUAAACACACAAACGCAGCUUUUCCAGCCAACAGCACAGUCAGUCUGCAGUCUCAGCUUGUAGCAACAACAUCCUGCAAACGUCGCCUUCUCACCAGUGCCGGAGCCGACCAUGUUGGCGGCCUUGACUCUGGUCUCCUUGAGUCUCUUAGUGCGGGCGUCUGACCUGUGCCCCCCAGCCUGCCAGUGCCUCCACAAUCUGACCACUGUUGUGUGCAAUGAAAAAGGACUGGAGCAGAUCCCAGAGCUGUCGGAUGGCACAGAGAAGCUGUAUGUCUCAUACAACAACAUACAGGAAAUACCAAAGCGUGGCCUGGAGAAGCUGCAGGUCCUGGACCUGACCAAGAAUCAGAUGAGCGUCUUCCUAUCCCACAACCCAGUUUGGCCCAAUAUGACGCAGCUGUCGAAGCUCUUCCUGCGUGACAACGGCCUGGUGUUACUAUACCCCGGUCAGUUCCUAAACUGUCCUGCUCUCACCUUACUGGACCUGAGUGAGAACCAGAUCGAACAUCUACCAGUCGGAUUCCUCCACGGAUUAGCUAAUCUGACCACGCUCAUUGUGAACUUUAACCAGAUUCAAAUGUUACAGGUUGGUGGACUGGAGGGAGCCUUCGCUCUCGCUGACCUCUACCUUCGCCAUAACAACAUAUCAAAGAUAGAGGAAGGUGUGUUCAAGAACUCAACUGUACUGAAGAAUCUCAUUCUGUCCAGAAACAGAAUUGCAAGCAUGGACAAGGCCAGCCUCGGAGGAGCGACAGAACUCACACAGCUUGACCUGAGUGACAACAUGCUGGUUACUGUCCCAGCUGAGGCACUGAGGGAUGUAAACAGGCUCAAGUAUCUGAAUCUGCAGAAGAACAGAUUGGUCAGCCUUCCAGAGGACUGCUUCUCCUCACUGAGCUUGUUGGAGCAUCUAGACUUGAGCAGAAAUGAGCUGACGACUCUGUCUGAGGGAUCGCUGAGAGGUCCGACCCUGCUGAGGGAGCUGAGCCUCAGUAACAACCUCAUAGAGUCUCUUCCCUCAAAGGUCUUCAGUGACCUGAGCAGCCUUAGGCUUCUUGAUUUGUACAGCAACAGAUUGACAUCUCUUUCUCCGGACAUAUUCAGCAACAUGAGCAAUCUGCACGAGCUGCAUCUGGCCAACAAUCAUAUCUCUGCCAUACCAGCUGGGGUAUUUGAUUCGCUGUCCACACUUGAAGAUUUACACCUGUCCAACAACUGCAUCCUGGAGCUCCACCCUGAUCUGUUCAAGAAGCUCAAGUCACUACAGAACCUGUACUUGGAGCACAAUGCUCUCAGGCACAUCCACAAAGGUGUUUUCCACAAGAUGAGGUCCCUCAAGGAGAUACAUCUCAACAACAACCACAUUGGGUCUAUACAUCACUCAGUCUUCCGUGGUUUGGUGAGACUAAAUCUACUGAAGCUCUCACACAACCAUCUCUCCUCUCUACAUCCAGACCAGUUCAGGGAUCUUGUCAGUUUAAAAGAGUUAAACCUAGAUAAAAACCACAUAGAUAACCUUCCCAAAAGCCUGCUCAUGAGUCUACAAAGUCUUCUAAUACUGGAUCUGGACAACAACCACAUCUCAGAGUUGUCUCCUGAUGACUUUGUAGGGUUGACCCACCUUAAAGAGCUCAAUCUGAGCUCCAAUCAGCUUCAGGACAUCCCGGCCAACACCUUCGAUGUCCUCCACAACCUCCGCAGGCUUCGGCUAAGCAACAACAGCCUGCAUAGUUUACACUCUCGGCUCUUUGCCCCACUUCGGAAGCUAACAGAACUCAACUUGGAUGGAAACAAGCUGAAUCACUUGCAGCCUGACGUAUUUCAAAGACUUACAAACCUGCAGAAACUGAAUUUGAAGUCCAACCAGCUCAGAGCUGUGGAGAAUGGGACUUUGGAGUACCUAAGGAACCUUUCUGCUGUCCACCUGUCGGGUAAUUUGUGGGACUGCAACUGCUCACAUAUUGCCUACAUCAGCAGCUGGGUCAACGUGCACAGGGACAAGCUUGGAGACCAGCCCAUGUGCUCCUCCGCCUUUCCGCCCUCUUCCUCCUCACCCUACUCUCAGGAAACACCACUCUCACAGGCAGCUCUGUCUCCGCUGUCGUCACAAGAUCAUUGCAUUAGCAGUACUGCAAGAGGCUCAUCACCCUCAUUUCCUCUAGAAGUGCUGAAUCUGCUCUGUCUCAUGGCUGUCAGCACACGAUGACGUCCUCUGUGGUGGUUUUGUCCUUUUUUUCACCCUUCCUCUGCUUUUCAUGUCAGCUCUGAGUUCACUGUACGUUUUAAUAUCUGUAAAGGCAUUCAAAAUUAUGUAAAUAAGAUUGAUUCUGCUAAAGUGCACACAUUUGCGAGCAUUCUUGUAAAAUAUCCCAAACUCUUAAUAAUUUUACUGUCCAUUACAUCUGGAAAUAAGGGAGCACAAUUAAGUGGUGCAACUUAAACUUCAAAGUCAAGCCUGACUGUAAGGCAACGUGGACUCAAGCCCAGAAGUGAUUUGCAACCAGCUGCUGGUUUUGUGUCUUUAUGAUAC